AUUUAAAUCUAGUAACUGUAGACUGGACACGCAACGCGAUACUGGUGAAAGACAUUGUUGCCUUGCCAACUUCUUCUUGAUUAAUAUAAACUCAAGGUUUGCGUAGUAAUUUUAAAAAGCAAUUACCACAAAAAAAUUCAUGCAAUGGCACAUCAUGUUAACUUUCUUUUGAAAAACUGAAACUGAUAACACCAUACCAUCGAGCAUCACCAUACCCAUAAUACAAAUGACAGCGACGGAUCAAACUGACAGAACUGACAUACUGACAUAUGAACCUAACCUAACCUUCUAAACAAAACAUUUUAGAAUUCUGUAUUUUUUAAUGUGGAUCGGCUACUCUCAAAAUGAUUAAAAGUCUCACUAAGGCACCCAACAUUAUAUCAAAUCUUAAGAAUAAAAUUAAAUUUCCUGAAAAACUUCAAGGGAAAAUACUAAAUAAAUGGGCAGUAUACUGGAAGAACAUUUUCGGUGACUAUCGUCAAAUGCUGGUGGACUUGAGAACUGAUAUUCAAGAUGAACCGUUGAGAGCAAUGAAAUGGACCGUUGGGCUAGGGACCCUGUAUGUAUUAUCCAUGCGAAAUCCAAGUGAGCUCGACUUCAAAGACCAUCUAAAACGAAUAAACAAUGAGACUGUUAUGGUGAGCCCAGAUUGUCUAAAUCCAAAAACAGUGAAACAUCUAUGGUACCUGGACACUUGUUAUAACCAAGGUGUGAUUCGUUACAAAAGUUUAGGAAUAUUUUCUCUCAUGUACACAACUGACUUGAAUGACUCCUGCGACUUGUACAAGGCACAGUGUUCCUACCUCCAACCCACAUUCACAAGCUGGCCUUCAAGAAUUAUUGAUGUAGGAAUAAUGGGCCAGUGGUGGAACCUUUACAUAAAAACCCAUAAUUAUGAUGUUAAUUAUUAGAAGUUGUGUAACCAUCAUCUUUGUGAAUAUACUGUUGUAUCAUGAUUUAGAUUGUUAAUAUAGUUUCAGUUAUUACUA